AUGGAUUUGGACUUGGCCAAGAGUCGAGCGAGCUAUUACGCUUCUAGUCGACUGACCAAAAUGUAUUGUUCGAAGCCAAAUAUUAUGUUAAUGAAACAGGAAACGGCAAUCCAAGUUCCGUCCGUCACGAUUGGGAUUGAUGGAGUUGAAGACACCGACCAAACCCAAUGCAGCGAUGUCGGUCUCCUGUGUGAAACUGCAGAAUAUAUAUGCUGCCAUAAUGGACUAGAUGGUAAAGACGAAUAG